UAAAGGUAUAUAAUUAUAACUCUUUCAUCUAACAUAAUCCAUUUGUGUUUUACCAAUUUUGUGCAACGAACAUAUGGUUUUGUAUCAAUUAGCCAUUUAUAUUACAUACAUUCUGUGUUAUAAUAUUAUUUUAUACUUUUAUAUACAAGAAAUGAAUGCUGAAAAUAUUGAUGAAGUUAUUAUUAGAUUACAUAAUGACCAUAAUUGGAAAGACAUUGUGAAUUUAUCUUCUGUUAUUGAUAGCUCAAAAACCUAUAGAUUAUUUUGGGUACUUCCAACUUUAGAUGAUUUAAGUUGGAUGACUGAAAUAAUUAAAGAGUAUAAAAUAUUAGGAAUAAUUAGCAUAGGUUGCGGUUGUGGCUUGAUCGAAUGGUUAUUGCAAAAUUUUUCCGGUUUAAAUAUUACUGGUUUAGAACUGGAUAAUUCCUGGUGGCGAAGUAAAUAUGCUCCUCCACUAUUUCUUGAAAAUAUUAUUUUUAUUAAUGAAAAUAAAGGGAAAAACUUUUUGGUACCAAAAGAUCAUGCAGUUUUAUUCUGCUACUUUAAUAAUGGAGAAGCCUUUUGUAACUAUAUAGCUAAUUAUGAAGGAAAUAUAAUAUUUGUUAUUGGACCUGCAGAAGACCAAGAACGUAUUACAGACCCACUUCCAUUCGAUGAGAAAUUUGUCAAAUUCAAUUGGAAACUGCUUACAAAAAGACCAAUAAUGAAUUUUAAAGAUUAUAUUGUUGUGUAUACUAGAUAGGAUUGUAUUUGUUUAAUUAUUUAUGUUAAUGUGUAUCGCUUACAUGUAAAAUGGGAAAAAAAGGAAAGUAAGGUUGGUAUACCUGCAGGGGAUAUAUUUAAAGUUGAUAUCCAAAGUAACAACCUAUAAGGUAGCAAAAAGAAAUAAGUAAUUCGUUCAUAAUGUAUAAACAAUAGGUAAAUAUUUUCAUUUUUUCAUUUCUUUCUGCUGUUGCGGUUCUAUGCAAAUUUUUUUUUACUGAGUGCAUCUGUGUAAAGCAGAAGGGGAAAAGAAUAAUAUAGAGAACUUUUUUUCCCAAGUGUGCUUGCGCCUUGAAUUUGUGGUUGCGCAUGUGCAUAACAUAUCUUCCACUCAUGAUGUCGCCAUUUCAUAAUUAUUCAAAGUGUAAUAAUUAUUUUCAACUAAUGAAUGAUAAAUAAAACAUAUUUGAUAAAAUAAAGUUGAGCAAAUAGUGUGCAAAUAAGAGCACCUAUUCAUUUUUUUCUGCUGUUAAGGUUCUUUGCUAGCGUUCCUAC